GGGUGGGGGGGUGGGAUACGGAACCGGGCUGAGCCUUUCCUUCCAACCCCCCCACCCUCCCCAAAGUCGCUGUGAUGCCCGCCUGCCCCUCCGGGUAGGGGCACCGGUGAGCCCCAUGGGGCUGCCCCCCCCGCGGGCAUCAUGCGGACGAUGAGCCCCCUGCUCCUCUGCCUGCUGCUCUGGGACCUCCUCGACCUGGUACUGGCCUACCUGACAGUCAGCAUUGAGCCGCUGCCACCCGUGGUGGUGGGAGAUGCUGUCACCCUGAAAUGCAACUUCAAGACAGAUGGGAAGAUGCGGGAGAUCGUCUGGUACCGGGUCACCGAUGGUGGCACCAUCAAGCAGAAGAUCUUCACCUUCGAUGCCAUGUUCUCCACCAAUUUCUCGCACAUGGAAAAUUAUCGGAAGAGGGAGGAUCUGGUCUACCAGUCCACUGUGCGCCUCCCCGAGGUUCGCAUUUCGGACAAUGGUCCCUACGAGUGUCACGUGGGGAUUUACGACCGAGCCACGCGGGAGAAAGUGGUCCUGGCCUCUGGGAACAUAUUCCUUAACGUGAUGGCUCCUCCAACAUCCAUCUCGGUGCUCGCUGCUGACACGCCAGCACCCUUCAGCCGCUACCAGGCGCAGAACUUCACCCUGGUGUGUGUGGUCUCCGGUGGCAAGCCUGCUCCGCUGGUGUACUUCAAGCGGGACGGGGAGCCCAUCGAGGCCACUCCGCUGCCGGAGCCGCCGGCCGGCACCGGGAGCUGGGCACCCCGUAACCUCCUUCACCGUGACCUGGAUGACACCAAGGUGCCGAAAUCACUGGCGGCCGAAGGGGAGGUGGGAGGUGGGCGACCCCUGGCCACGGCGGACCCCCCGCGGGGGCUGGCGGCCGAGCGGGGUCCUGUCACCGAAACCAUCCCUGAAACGGUGGUGAGCCGGGAAUUCCCACGAUGGGUGCACGUGGCAGAGCCCAUCUACUAUUUCCGCCACACGCACGCGCCUGUCAGCGAUGGGACGGUGGAGGCGCGGGCCACCCUCACCUGGACCCUGAACCCCCAAAUCGACAAUGAGGCGCUUUUCAGCUGCGAGGUGAAGCACCCGGCGCUCUCCAUGCCCAUGCAGUCCGAGGUGACGCUUGUUGCUCCCAAGGGCCCGAAGAUCACGAUGACCCCGACGAGAGCCCGCGUCGGAGACACUGUGCGGAUCUUGGUGCAGGGCUUCCAGAACGAAGUCUUCCCCGAGCCCCUCUUCACCUGGAAGCGGGUGGGGAGCCGGCUCCUCGAUGGCAGCGCUGAGCACGACGGCAAGGAGCUGGUGCUGGAGCGGGUGCCGGCUGAGCUCAACGGCUCCAUGUACCGCUGCACCGCCCAGAACCCCCUGGGCUCCACCGACACUCACACCCGGCUCAUCGUUUUCGAAAACCCCAAUAUUCCCAGAGGAACAGAGGACUCCAACGGUUCACGUACCGGCCACCGCAGCUUCAGACUAGUUUUGGCGCUCACCCUAACAGUGAUCCUGGAGCUAACGUGAAGCUUCGCCUGCCUCUUCCUCCUCCUCCUCUUCCUCCGUAUGGCUCCACCCGGCAUUUAUACCUCUGUCAAUCGGUUCUCUCGCUCUCUUUCUUUUUUUUUUUUCUAUACUAUUUACAGUCUCAGUCUCUUUCUGUCUGUGUCUUGGCUUCCUCAGACAAUUUAAUUAAAAGGAAAAAGAAAAAUCUC